GGAUUGAAAUUGACAGCUCUACACGUGCCAGGAUCCGUUCAGAGCGGGGACGCCGUGCGACUCCUGUGCGAAUAUGACCUCGACAGCGAAACCCUGUACUCAGUGAAAUGGUACAAGAAUAACAUCGAAUUCUUCAGAUAUCUCCCGUCAGAUCCUAUGCCGGGACAGGUGUAUGAACUGCCGGGAAUGUUUGUUGACCCCACGAGGUCGACGAAGAAUACAGUGUAUUUAGCGCGCACCGACAUAAACUCCGAAGGCGUUUAUGGCUGCGAGGUCUCGACCGAAGGUCCCGCAUACCAGACCGUUCGCGGAGAGAAGGAAAUGCGGAUUUACGUGCUCCCCGAGGAAGGACCCGUCAUACAGGGCUUGUCAAAUAGUUACCACGUCGGCGACGUUGUCAACGCCACGUGUUACUCAAGACCCUCCAGACCGCGAGCGAUGUUGCGUUGGUUCAUCAAUAAUCAAACGCCUUCCGGAUUGCACCAAAUAUUACAUUCGGGAGCGAUGCGUCACGACAACGGGUUGCAGUCCAUGAGCUCUAACAUACAGUUCACCGUGAGGCAAACCGACGUCGCACGAGGCCGCCUUGAGCUCAAGUGCAUGGCAUACACGCUUCAAACCGAGGGCCGAUUCUCGGAGGAGCUAGUGAUGGGGGACCGCUACCUGCCGAAGAGGACAACCAACAAGAGAGAUCGACCGACAGGAGAACCCCGCGUCACGCCGAUGAUCCACGCUCCGAAAGAUCGCUACGACGUGGGCGACGAGGCCAAUCUCAACUGCACGUUAGGAGAAGUCGACAAGAUAGUCACGCUCCAAUGGUACAUCAACGAUAAGGAAGCUCGUCCGGAAAACUUGAGGAAGUUCAACGGAGGCAGCAUCUUGAACCUCAGAAUCCGCCUUCAGCCAAACCAUUUCCCCAACGAUGAACUCAAACUGAAAUGCACCGCCACGAUUUCGAGAGAAGUCACUCAAAGCAGCGAUGCGUUUGCCUACGAGGCCAACAAAUAUGUCUCCGGGCUUCAUCUGAAGUCAGCUGGUACUUCAUGGCUCAGACAACAAAACCUGCAUCCUUUGCAAGCGGUCCACGGCCGACCGCCUGUUAUGCUCCAAGCCGCUCCUGAAGGAACGUGUGCCAACGCCAUUGUCGAGUGA